CUAUACUAUGUACUAUCUCUUCUCUACUAUCAAAGCAUUUCUUAAUUAUAGUGCAGCCGUUGUGAAAAGGUGAUAGGACUAUAAUUUCACCGUGUAAUUCUUCUUUUUACUUCGCUGGUGGAUACAAUUUUUGCGGUUUACGUCAUUAGUUAAUUUUAGAGCUUACAAUUUUUGGACUGUUAAUUUUUAACAAGACCUUUAAAGAUACAGUUGAUUUUACGCAGGUCGGAUGCGGUAAAAUUGCACUAUGCUUUAGGUCGUGAAUGAAUAUAAUCUGCUUAAAUCUUGCGUCUGAAAUUGCUUCAGGAGCUAUUUAACAUUUUAUAACUACAUUUAAAUUUAUUAAUCUUAGAACUUUGGUGGUAAAAUGAUGCGUAUUGUACUUGAUAACAGUUUUGAAAUAUUUUAUCCGGGUUAACACUGAAAUUGAAGAUUUACAGAUUAAACGCGGAAUUGCUAGUCUAUGUUUAUUAACAAAAUAUAAGACUGGAAUUUGUAAUCGGUUUCCAGAACGAUGUUUUGAUAAAGGAAUAUUUACAUUAUUGGCAAGAAUUAUAAUCAAAUACUCUUAAACGUUUUUGAUUCAUUUAAUUCAAGCAUACUACAUGCAAUAUAUGAAUCAAAAUAUAACAUUGAAGUGAUUUUAAGUAAAGUAUGAGAUGAAAAUCUUUUUUUUUUUUCUGAGUUCAGUAUCGCAGUCAAACCUGAAGACAUUAGAGAGUUACGGAGCAUUUAACAAUUAAAGGAAUGGAGUACUACUGAAGAAAAGUUAAUGAAAUUGAAAGGUAAAUCUAUGUUGUGACACGCGAAGAAUUCUCACGUCUGGCAAAAAUUGUUUGGAAUUCGAUAUGAGGACUAUGUUAUAGAAUCAAGAUGAUGAUGACGACGUUGACACAAUUCAGUAUUCGCCACCAUCAUGUAUAUACCUAGAGGAUCAGUCUACAGCUUCAUAUAUCUUUACACGUGUAUCUUCUGUCACGCUGUCGCGUACUUUGGACUCUCUGCGCGGAAACCUAUCUUAAUAGCGAGCCUCGGGUUCCAUCCGAACAUGAUUGAGGACAAGCGGGAAACAAUGGCGGCCGGAAAGCUCUGCAAUUUGAUGUUACCCCGUCAGAGGAAACAGAGGAAAAUGUGCAGACGAGGGAAGGGUGUGGCAGACACUCUCCUAGAGGCAAUUACUUUAUCCACACAAGAGUGCGAAUACCAAUUCAAAACAGAAAGGUGGAACUGCACACUAGAAGACCAGUAUAGACUUAAUAUAUUAGAAAAAGGUUUCAAAGAAACAUCAUUCCUUUAUGCAAUAAGUUCGGCAAGCCUCGUGCACACAUUUGCACGUGCGUGUAGCCGAGGGACCAUAGACAGAUGUACAUGUGACGAAUCAAAGAACCUGCAGAACAGGGAGGCGUGGUUAUGGGGCGGAUGCGGUGAUAACAUAAAAUUUGGUUUGAAGUUUUCACGACGAUUUUUACGGGCGGGAAAACGACGGGAGAAAGACAUAAGAGCGAGAGUAGAUCAGCAUAAUAUUCGACUGGGAAGAAAAGUCGUUAAUUCCGCAGUGAAAACGAGAUGCAAGUGCCAUGGAAUUUCAGGCUCGUGCACGGUGCGCACGUGCUGGCGACAGCUCUCAACAUUCCUCAACAUUGGAAAUAUCAUAAAAGACAAAUAUGAGAACUCUCAUAAAAUUAUAACAUAUACCAACCACGCAACCGGGAAGUCCCCGCUUUCUGACGAAAUUACGUUAGAAAAUAGCGUCGGAAAUGUCGUUAGACCAAUUGAAUUACAAAACUAUAUCAGCCCGAAUAAAGCCGGACGGGACAAAAAAUCGCGAAAAUCUAAAAGGGAUAGAAAUACAUCGAAUGAAAAAACCAUAGACAGUUUUGCCCCGAGGUCCAAUUUAAUGGUACAUUUAGAAGAUUCGCCGACAUUUUGCGAUGCGAGUCCAUUCACUCCUGGAACCAGAGGGCGUGUCUGUGACCGCUCAAAUUGUGACGUCAUGUGUUGUGGGCGUGGUUAUAACAGACGGUUAGUUAUGGUGAAGCGCGCAUGCCAGUGUCAAGUUCAUUGGUGCUGCUAUGUUGACUGCAAGCAAUGUACAAACGAAGAAGAAGUGUUCCUGUGUAAAUAGUUGCCAUGGUGAUUUAAUGUUCAAUAUUAUGUUGUGCAUUGCCUUAACUGAUAUGACGACGAACAAAACUCGUUCGGGAAAAGAAAAUAUAGCAAAAUGACCCGGUAAAUAUUGAUAAAUAAUUUAAAUUAAGCUGCACUUUGCGUGGCAAAGCGUGAGCCAAAGGCUAAAGUGACGUGAAAUGACACAGCGCAUGCGCAGUUAUCUAAUUUUAUGGAUGACGUAAUGAAUUUCUUUGAUAUAAUAUCGUCUGUAACACUAAGAUAAAAUAUGUCUCUAUAUUACAUUGUAUUAAGCGGUCACUGGAUAAUUCUAAGUUAAAGUUUAUAUUCGGUCUUUAUUGUGUCCUUGUGUGACCUUGACACUAACGAUUUGACCUCAAUAAUUGUGUCAAGGCACACUGACCUCACCAUUGAUAUCAAUGACAUGUAGUUAACUAUUUCAUAAUAUUUCACCAGCAGAAGCAGAUCGAUAUGCUCUGAAAAUGCACGUAUCUUUGCUUAGUAAGUAAUGAGGCCUUCAAACAAAGUCGAAUAAAGUAUGACUUUCAUGGCGUACUAGUAUAUAUAUGUAUACAGAAACUAAAUAGGAAAAUGGCUUGAAAAAAAUGUAGUUGCAAAACGGCGAGCUAUUUUCUUUAUUUCCAUUGCAAUGUUUUGCUGAAAUUAAUUGAGAGAUCUAUGACAUUAACAAUUAACAUUUUCAUAUUGAAAUGGUAGCAAUACAGAAUAUUUCGUGAAAAUUUAGGUCAUACACCACCACUACAUUUGUAGGGUCUGAUUUUUUAGCUGAUUUUACCGUGUCUUUGCUUGACUGAAAAUAGUUUCUUUUUCUUUUGGUUUUCAUUCAGCGCUGAUAUUAAAUAUUAUUCAAGACAAUGUAAGUUACAGUCAUUUUAAAAUAUGUCCUGUUGUGUUCUGUAGCCAUCUGCAUAUGAAGUGUCUCAGUUUUAUAUAGAAAAUAAGAAAAACUGCUAUUUAGUGUGUUUAUGCCUAAAAUGUGGAAAUUGGCAUAACUUUUGCUUUAUGCUGCUAAAUCUGAAAGCCUGAAUGUUGAAACUGAUAUUUGUUGUAGAUUCAAAUGCUCAUCUUUAUGGAGAAGUUAAAAGUUGUAAUAUCAACACCUUAGCGCUAGAAGUGGAUAAUUGAAAUGACAAAAGGAAGCACCUAACCACUUUUCGUCACGCCCGCUUCGUCAUAUUUCGUGUCUGGAGCAUACUUCAUAACCAUUCGAGGUAUUGACAUUAAACCUUGCAUAUAGGUAGAUGACGAUGAGACAAUGUGCAUAGCGCAUGAACUUGGUCUUUAGGUCAAAGGUCCAGGUCACUAACUGAGUUCAAAUAUGUCCUUGUUUUAUGACACAACUUCAAGACGGCUUUAAACCUGAAAUAUAGGUGGGUACUGAUGAAUUAAUUUGAGGAGUGCAACAGUCCACAUUAUCCCCCACCCACACACACUAACCCUCUUCCCCCCAUUCCACCCUAUCUCCUACCCCCACCUAUCCCACUCCCCCCUCCCCCUCAAAAAAAAAAUCACUUUCAGUUUUUUGUGCCUAAGUAUCCCGUAUCUGCACACACAAAAUCCCCAACCCAUUACUACUUUACAACUCCCUCCCACACAAACACACACUCGAAACAUUUCUACAAAUUCCUGAUCCUUCGGGCUUAUAUUUCCCCUCUCUGCGAAGCUCCUGCUACGCUCAUACAUGUAACGAGAUACUGUUUCGCUGUACCAGCAAAGUGGACACUAUUAUUGUUGAAAUAGACAUUUUUUCCACAUUGACACGGAGAAAUUGUCAGUGAAAUAUUAAGUUAUUAUUUCUCUAAUGAUUUGAAACAUACGAUUCGGCUAGAUACAAUAUUAAACAGUUAUGUUGAAAUAUACACCAUUCGCUUUAUGAUGCAAGCUAAAGCGUCUAUGUUGAAAAUUUAGUGUAGCCUUUUAAUACAAAAUGUUGGGAUAUACACUGUUGCUUUCUGAUAAAAUAUAAAGCAGUUAUGUUGAAGCAUGCACUGUUAUUUAUGAUUCGGUAUAAAACAGCUACCAGUAUAUUGAAACAUAGACUGUUGUUUUAUGAUGCAAUGUUAAGGUAUUCAAUGUUACUUGUUAAACCGAGAUUAGUGUUGCAAAAUCAUUGUAAAAAUAGAAUGAAAUUUCACGUGAAUUAAAUUAAAAAUUGAAAACAGUUAUCAAGAAAAGAAAAUGUACCGUAUGUCAAUGAAUUUUAAAACUGUUUCUUCAUUUGAAUUUGAUAUUGUAACUGGAAAAUGUUGAAAGCGAUAGGCAUUUUCGUUUGUUAUAUUUUUAAUUUACAAAUUAAUUAGACUGUUGCAGUGCGCAUGUCUGUUUCUCAAAUUCAUAAAUUUGUUAUUUUACGAACGAAACACCCGGGAAUGGCAGUGGCUAGUAUCAGCACGUGUUGAAGUUAUGUUGCUGAAUUUACUUUAAACUAAAAGGUAUGAAUCCUUAUAUAGUUUAUAUAAAAUUUUACUUUCUACAAUUUUAGAAAAUUGUAACUUUUCAUGUUUGCAAAAGACUUUUGGAGUUUACUAGUAUUUAGUGUCAAAUUAAGUUGAAAGCCAGAGAUGCUUGAAAAAUUGGAAUCUAGCUAGAUGGUCUUUUCAACGUCUUCAGAAGCAAAAGCUUAACUAUCUAUACUAUCUCGUCUUGAGACAGAACUGGUGCCAUAGUCUUGGGUAAUUUAAGUCUUUUAGGCUUACGGCUGUCAAAUUCGCAUUUCAUUCCUCUAUAAGUAUGGAUUUUACAAAGGUGAUUGAAAUGUAUAUCUUGUUUCUGUCUCCAUUGCUGUGAUGUCAAAUUAAUCUCUUUACAUAAGUUAGUGAAACCGUAAUGACACUCGACAAUUUCCGUAUGGUUACUUAUUCUCGUUACGGCAAUUCGGCAUUCUUCGGACGUAAACGCGCACAGUGUUUUUUCCGUAAAAACCGAGGAAUGCCGAAAUGGCAUACGGAGAAAACGUAAUUUUCCGAUUGUCAUUAUUCGGGUCCACUACCUUAAUAGAUAAAAUAACAAGAAGCUAACAUAGUAAAACCGACCUUUGUUAUUGUACAGACAUCGUGAUACAAAUAAAUGAAAUUCAACUGU